GCCCUAUAAAAGGACUGGCAUUUGAGUGACAUUUCCUUUUCCGCCUAUCAUUGGGUCUCUCAUCACAUGUUUGUGUCGUUUAACACAAAUUCACUCAACAAUUGAAUUGACUGUCCGUUCAUUUGACCGCAAAAGAGAUGAUUAUUUUCAAGGAUUUGAUUACAGGUGAUGAACUGUUCACCGAUUCAUCCAAAGUAAGGCUCGUUGACGGAUGUCUGUGGGAAGUGGAGUGUCGGCACGUGACCCGAAAACAGGGCGAAAUAGAGAUCGCGGGCUUCAACGCGUCGGCCGAAGAAGUGGAAGAGGGAACCGAUGAACAGGUGGAGUCCGGUCUCGAUCUCGUACUCAACCAACGGCUCGUCGAAACCGGUUUUACCAAAUCUGAUUACAAGAACUAUUUAAAGACUUAUACAAAAUCACUUCAGGAUAAGUGGAAGGAAUUGGAGUUCAGCGAAGACGAGAUCAAUACAGCGAAGACUAAACUGACGGAAGCGGUGAAGAAAGUGUUACCAAAGUUAGGAGACUAUCAAUUCUUUUUGGGCGAGAGCACAAAUCCGGACGGAAUGGUCGGUCUAUUGGAAUACCGGGAGAAAGAGGACGGUUCGGGCGAAACACCGGUUAUGAUGUUCUUCAAGCACGGACUCGACGAGGAGAAAUUUCACGACAGAGAAGACAUUAGACGUCGUUUGGCAUUAGAUUCUGACAUUAUAGAAAAGCCGCCCAAAAAGGAAUUGUUUAGUGACUAUCAUUCAAAACUUCACACCGAAGCCAGACUUGCUUUGGCACAGUUGCAGAUCAUUGUUAAUGAUAUGUAUUCACAAAUUGAAAGUUUAAACACAGAAUUGAUGCAACUAUUAGUGAAAAGGGAUGAGCUAUAUAUGUCGCAGGACUCGGUUCUCGUCGAUAUCGAAGAUCUGACUAUAUUUUUGUCAACAUUGGAAACAAUCGGAACCGACGGUAAUCUGAAGGGUAUAUGUAUGGGUUGGGGCGCAGAGUGGAAGAAAUUGUACGGAAAUCAAGAAGCGUUCGUAACUUUGGUCACAAAUGACACCUACGGUAUGGGAGCUCUGGUUUUGGCCCAUUCUCUUCACGCAACCAAUACUAGAGCACAACUCGUGGUUCUCAUCACUCCUGGAGUUACCGAUCACAUGAAGAAUACUUUAUCUUCAGUAUACCAUUUGGUUCAGAGCGUAGAUCUCAUUCAAAGCACUGACACUGAAAUCUUAGAGGCCAUGAAAAGACCAGAACUUGGAGUCACGUUAUCUAAGAUUCAUUGCUGGCGUUUAACUCAAUAUCAAAAAUGUGUGUUUUUAGACGCCGACUGUCUUGUCGUGAAAAACAUCGACGAAUUGUUUGAGAAACAAGAGUUGUCAGCCGUUCCCGACAUAGGAUGGCCCGACUGUUUCAACUCUGGAGUAUUCGUGUUUUCGCCUUCAGAGGAGACUUUCCGCGCAUUGCUUAAGACGGCUAUAGAAAGCGGCAGUUUUGACGGCGGAGACCAGGGAUUACUUAACUCAUACUUCUCUGACUGGCAAACCAAAGAUAUUGCACGACAUUUGUCCUUCAUUUAUAACAUGAGUUCAAUUGCCGUCUAUUCAUAUCCGCCCGCAUACAGACAAUUUGGUAAAAAUGUAAAAGUUAUUCACUUUUUGGGUUCUUUGAAGCCGUGGUUCUAUCCAUACAAUGUAUUGACGGGUCAAGUGAUGCAACCAAAGGACAUCCAGGGAUCGCAACAAUUAGAUCACGUCCAGCAGUGGUGGAAUGUCUUCAUGAGUAAAGUCCAGUCCACACUUACCACAGAGGAUACUGGCGGGAGUUCCCAAACGGGGUCACAAUCGCCGCCUCCACCAGAGUUGGAAGUGCACGCCUCCCACGGAGAGCGGGAAAGUGGGAGUUCCCCUCCCGUUCAUCACGACUACUACAUUGAGAAAGUGGAAGUUCCCGCUCCCGGACCACCACAAGGUGACCAUGAAUUCCCGCAGCCCUUUGGUGUGGCGGCACUUCAGCUCAGGGAAGAGCCGGCUGUGGUCGAGACCGAGGGUGCGGCGAAUGAGCACAAGCCGGACGACACAACACCCGAACCCAAUCAACGAUUGCAUGAGACAGAGGGGGAGACCCCCGACCCGGGCCUACCGAUUAGCGAGAGCUCAUUACAUAAGCAUGAAUUGACUAAUAAGACUAAUGAAUUGACAGAACCAGAAAGCGGACUCGCGGGCACUCUAUCCAAAAUCCAUUUGUCCGAAGAGUACGGCGGCAUUGAAGAGUGUGGCGGCAAUCGGGACGAGUUUGCGAGACAGAAGGCGUGGGAAAGCGGACAAAUCGAUUACUUGGGAACCGAUUCGUUCGCCAACAUCCUAAAGAAGAUCAACGAAGCCAUCAACGCUCCGGCGUCCAACUAAUACCCGUCGAUGUCUUGUUUUUAAGUGCCUUUAGUAACCAUUUUUCAUUAACUUAAUUAAUAAAAACUAUAACACAUUUUUAUUUGUGCCAAAAGUUUAAUUUCUGUGUAAUAUUUAUAAAUAGUUUGUAAAAUGUUUUUAACAUUCUUUGAGAAUCUCUAGUAAUUUGUGUGAAAAAUAUUGUUUUAAAAACUAGUCUUUGUUUUAAUAUUUGAAAAUAAAUUAAAUUAUUUUAUCAUAACUUUAGAAAA